UAAACCUAACAACGUUGGGUUAGGCCAUAACCAUUGUUAGUGCCCAAGAUUUGCAGGUCAUUUUCACAACCAAAUACUGCUUUAGUUUAGCACCAAGAUUUCUUCACUCUAAUCUAUCUAUCUGCCCUAUUAAAUCAACCCAACCCAAUUCUCUCGCACCUUCAAAUUCAUCACAAACGCUGCAAUCGUGCGUCAAGCUCCCGUUACCGGAUUACUCUCUCUCUCUCUCUCUCUCUCUCUCUCUCUCUCUCUCAGUAGUACUCUUCAAUUCUGGGUUUCUUUUGUUUUAUCGAAAGCUAUAUUUUUAAUCUCGCUUCUAUGUAAUCCGGUAUUUUCCCUGAAAUUUCCACUAUUUUUCCCAAAAGCGCAUCUGGGCUCCUUUAUAAUCUAAGUUUCUCUGUUGUUUUCCCCAAAAUAUCUUCAAAUUUCUGAAUUUUUCUGCGAAUUUGAAUCGAAUUCCGGCUCAAAUGAAGGUCCACCCGGUGCCCGGUAGACGCAACAUCACGCUGCGAUACGACAUCGCAUCGGUGCUAGCGCAGGCGAGCAUCUGCCGCCAGAAGAAGCUGCGGCGCCUGCCGCACAUCUUCGCGAAGGUUCUGGAACUCCCCCUUCAUUCGGACGCCGACGUUCUGGUCGUGGAGACCCCCGACUCCCUCAUUUUCACCGCGUCCGCGGACGGAAUCGGCGGCGGCGUCAGGGCCGACGCGGUGGAGAUCUACCCUGGGGUUACCAAGGUUGUCAUAAGGGGGAGUGGAGUGGUUGAUGUUUCUGGGACUGAAUUGGAGCUCGAUUUGUGGCGGUUUCGGCUCCCGGCCUCGAUGCGGCCGGAGCUCGCCUCGGCAGCCUACGAGGACGGGGAGCUGGUGGUGACGGUGCCCAAAGGGGCGGCGGCGGAGGCGGAGGAUGAAGGUGGCGCGCUGGUGGAGGAUGUUGGAGGUGGGAGGUUUGUUUUUGUACAGUAACAAAAGGGAAUUUUACUUUUACCUCAUCUUUGUUUUCCACUUUUACUUUCGGAAUUUUACUUUGUUAUGUUGAAAUGCACAAGCUUAUGUUUUUCUUUUAAUGAAGUGAAGAUUAUUGAAAGAGAAAGAAA